AUGGGUACUCUGAUCAAUACCGAGAAGCUUCGGGUACUCUACAACGAGGCCGAAAGCAACAGACACGAGGCAUACCCUACGCGCUUCUUCAACUUCUUCUUACAGAAGAUAGCUUUUCCCGAGGAGGAGUACUGGAUCUCUUCGGAGCAACCGCCGACCGAUGACCCUUCGGACCGGAAAAGAGUCGACUUGGUCGUGAACUAUUUCUCCCAGGACUACAAAGUGCGAGUGCUUUGCUUCACAGAGCUGAAGAGAGGGAGAUCGGCUGAGAAAGCGAUCGAGGAGAAUGAGGAUCAGGCGAUAGAAACUCGUGAGCUUCAACAAGAGGUCUACAGCGACGGAACAGCGCUCAUCAAGCCGCAUGGAAUUGCCUUGCAUCUAAGGAAGGGUGAACACUUUUCCCUAGACAGCAUCUACUAUGAGUGGACCGGCGCCCGUAUGUACCGGCAUGAAACCCCUCGACCAGACGUCUGGUACUUGAUCUACUCGCAAGGUCGUUAUAGCGGCACAUUGCAGUUCAAUCAGGGUCAGUGGUGGAAGCAGGUUGAUGGCGAAUGGGUACGAGCGUAA